GGUGAACGGGGGUACGGCACUGGACAGACAGACAGACAGACAGACAGACAGAGAGAGAGAGACAGAGAGAGAGAGAGACACAGAGAGAGAGAGAGAGACACAGAGAGAGAGAGAGAGACAGACAGAGACAGACAGACAGACAGACAGACAGACAGAUGGCGUUGUCUUCUCUUUCAUCAAGAGGACCCUCCCCUGAUAUUCUGGUGUACGAUCCAAGGCCACAAAAGGCCGUCAAACGUUGAAUUCAAUUGUCGCCUUGAUGGCUCUCCACAUUCAAUCGUCGCCUAGACGGCUCUCCACAACUGUCAGAGUCGGCUAUGGUGGUUAUGGCACUGUUUCCAUCUCUGCUGUGGUGUUUUUCACCAGCUUCUUCAAUUUGUAUUCUUUCCAUUGGCUUCAUCCCUCAGCGCAGAGCGCAGCCCGAAAAGAAAGAAGAAGGAGGAGACGACAAGGAGGAAGAGGAGGCAGCGGCGGAAGAGGGGGAGGAGGAGGAGGAGGAGGAGGAGGAGGAGGAGAACAGGAGGACGGAGUAGCGGGAGCAGAAGAAGGGGAAGAAGAAGAAGGAAGAGGGGAGACGAAGAGGAAGGAAAAGCAGGAGGAGCAGACGAAGAAGGAAGAGGAGGGGGAGCAGCAGCAGGAAGAGAAGAUGACAAAGUCGAAGACGAAGAAGGAAAAGGAGGAGGAGGAGGAAGGAGGAGGAGAAGGGAGAGGAAGAAGAAAUAGAAUCGUCUUUCACAUCUAGCGACAUGAGAACCAUACAUCUGUGAUGAGUAUUACAGUGAACCAGCUG